AUGGCCCCUUUGGCCUUCAUACUGCCUUCUCUACUUCUCUCUGGCCUUGCUGUGUCUGCAGAUCCUGUGCACGUACCACUAGCGCGUCGCUCACAAAGGCGUCUUGACGUUAACGCGGAGGCACUCAAACUUAAGUUUAAGUAUGGGCUUUUAGACCGAAAUGCCGCCCUCCCACUAUCUGCUCGUUACAUGAAACGAGCAAACAGUGCCGCCAUUCCUAUUGUAAACCAGGACGGGGACUCGAGUUAUUUUGGGAGCAUAACAAUAGGCACGCCACCUCAAACCUUUAAUGUUAUUCUGGACACUGGGUCAUCUGAUCUCUGGGUUCCCAUUGCUCCAUACAUGCCUCUUUUCCAACCUUCGCAGUCUUCCUCUUUCAAAGCAUCCAACUCCAUGAACGAUCAGAUCGAGAUUGACUACGGGUCUGGUGCGGUGAAGGGAACGUUGGGUUCAGAUUCUGUAACGAUGGGUGGCUUUACAAUGAGCCAAACUUUCCUUACGAAACUUACCACCAACUUGCUCGAAGGCACAGUGUCCGGAAUUAUGGGUCUUGCCUUCUCCAGUAUUGCAAGUACUCGUGCGACACCAUUCUGGCAAGCUUUAUCGAGCGCCGGUCAACUCUCCUCUCCGGAGUUAAGUUUCUUCCUCACGAGGGCCGAUCCCAACUCUCAGUCCCUUGACAAUCCUGGAGGGGUAUUUACGCUAGGAGGAACUAAUUCUUCGCUUUUUACUGGGAACAUUGAAUUCAACAACAUGCCCGCCAACAGUCAAGCUUCAUUCUGGCUGCAGAGUCUGUCUGCGGUCACGGUCAAUGGAAAAUCUGUUUCAAUCACUGCAGGAGACUCUGCCAUAUCUGCCAUCGACACUGGUACAACACUGAUUGGGGGACCUUCAGCCGAUGUUGCCGCAAUUUGGGCCGCCGUUCCAGGCUCUAGCCCCUCGCUUGAAAAUCCUGGAUUCUUUGGCUUUCCCUGUACAACUGAUGUCGCGGUCACUGUAUCCUUUGGCGGGAAAGCAUGGCCUAUUAGUUCCCAAGAUAUGAAUACGGGUCCCGAUCAGCCUGGUAGCUCGACUUGCUUGGGUGCCAUUUUCGACCUUACCAUGGGAACCAACAUACCUGCUAGUUCUGGAAACCCAAGUUGGGUAUUUGGAGAUACAUUCUUGAAAAAUGUAUACACUGUAUUCCGCGCGUCUUCACCUCCUGCGGUAGGAUUCGCCCAACUCUCAAGUCUUGCAGGCGGAACAGGUGCGACAACGUCUGCGCCAGCCUCAGCUUCAAGCCCGUCACUUACAGGACUCUCAUCUGAACCCAUUAUACCUCCCACUGCUCCAUCGGUCAUUCCACCUACUGUUAUUGUUACAACAGGAGUGCCGAGUUCUAGUGACGGAUCGAGUCCUCCUGGAAGUAACGACAGUACAAACACGGCUUCACGACCCAUAUCUAUCUCAAGGAUAGCUCUGGCUCUCUUCUUGAUACCACUCGUGACAGCUCUCUUGUAA